AUGAAGUUCUGUGCCAAUCUUUCGUUUAUGUUUACGGAGGGUGCUACAAUAAUAGAAAGAUAUGGUCUGGCGAAGGAAGCUGGUUUUAGGGCUGUUGAAACUGGUUUUCCAUUGGGAUUUACAAUAGAAGAGGUAAAAAGGGCUCGAGAAAACGCAAAAAUCGAACAAGUUCUCAUCAACAUUAAGACAGGAGAUGUAAGCAAAGGUGAACUUGGUGUAACAGCUAUUCCAGGAAAAGAAAAGCAAUUUAAAGAAAACCUAAAAGAAACAAUUAACUAUGCUACUGCACUUGGUGCUUCAAAAAUACACAUAAUGGCUGGAAAGUUAAAUACUGUAACUGAGGCCAAUUGGGUAGUAUAUGAGAACAAUUUAAGGUAUGCUGCAGAAGAACUGAGGGAAUGCAACAAGUUAGGGGUGAUUGAGCCAAUCAAUCAGCACUCUGUGCCUAAUUAUUUCCUUAGUGACUUUAAACGAGCUGUUGAUAUCAUAAAAAGGAUUGGAAGUGAGCAUUUGAAAUUGCAGUUAGAUAUAUUCCAUUUGCAACACAUUUGUGGUGAUUUGUCAUAUAAUAUAAAGAAUCUCAUGCCAUAUGUUGGACAUGUCCAGAUAGCACAAGUGCCAAGUCGAAAUGAACCAGAUACACCAGGAGAAAUCAACUAUGAGUACAUUUUAAAGACUUUGGAGAGUAAUGGCUACACUGAUUGGAUUGGUUUAGAAUACAAGCCAGCUGGUAACACAAACGAGGGCUUAAAAUGGAUAAAUAAAUAUGGUUAUAGCCUAUAG